UUGUGAUUCUGGAUAUGUCAGAAUCUGUUAUUUUCAGCAAAAUUUAGAGAUUUGUAAACAAAAAUUUAUAAAAUUUAAUAAAAAGGAAGACAGAACUGACAAAAAUAUUAAUCAAGGGCAGUAUUUUAGUGUUUUUGCAGGAUUUAAAUGAAAUCAAAAACAACAGUCAGAAAUAAAAUGAUUAGUGCAAUUAGAGCCUUUAAGUUUAGAAAAAAACGUCUAAUAAACUUUUUUGAGAACGAGAAACAGAAAAAACCAAGCAAUGUUAAUAUAAAACCCCGAAAAAUUGCAUAAAAUCAAACAUUAAUGCAUUAAUGUUAACAUUUUAAUUAAUGUCCAAGCGGAUCGAAGAAAAGUUAUCGAAGAAAAAUGUAGAUUUUCAGGAAAACCAAAAAUUUUAAACGCAACUUUUGAAAGAAAACUAGCGAAAAACUCGAUUUUUAUCAAAUUUUCUUCAUGUUGAUAAGAAAAAACAAAAGAAAACAUAUUAUUUUUUCCCUAAGAACAAGAAAAAUGGCCAAAAUAUUGAAAUUAUUUUUGAAAAAAAAAAUUAUUUUCCAAAAAAUCGAUUUUCUUUGACAAAUUAAGAAAAAAAACUAUGGGUCUCAUUGGGUAUUUUUGGGCAAAACGGUAACUUUUUGAAAACUCAAUAAGGUGUUUUAGUUUUUUCUAUAAAUUUUAUUGCGGCAAUAUUUCGCGCAACAAACGUAUUGUAGCGGAUUUUCAGAGAAAAAAUAUUGAAAAACAUCGUGCAUCCGUGCAAAGAUUCAUUUUUUACGUGGUAGUUCACACUCUAUUAACACGAAUAACAAACAAAUUUUGAUAACAAUUUUGACCAAAAAACGUGAAACCUCACGUUUUUCAAAAAAAAAAAUAAAACUCAACUUCGCGCUUAUCGUGAUUUUCUUGAUUAUUCCUAGAUUUGUACUAUACAUCUUCAAAUUUUCGUUCUUCAAUUAUGAGUAAAACCGAAAAUUCUCAAGAAUCAAGUGAUACGAUCACAUUCGUACACUCCUGCCAGGUUCCAAUAACAGAGGUGAACCAUAUGAUGCCGAUUCAUUUUGCCACGGUUCACGAGUACUCGCUGAUCAACUGGAGCCUUCAAAUAUCGGAAGCCGGUGGAAUCCCACGAUUUCUUCGGAAUCUGGAGCCAGAGCCCCGUGAGACUGUCUUCCAAGUCACUCUUCAUCCUGUCGGACAACGGGACAGCUAUCCACCAGUGCUGAAAGUUGAUUUCAAGUUGAAGCUGGUCGGAAGUUCAGAUCAAGAUAUCCUGGCUCCUGUUCGUUUCACCCACCCGCCCGGAUUCCCAAACCGUAAUGGGUUCAACUCAGGCUACAGUACACCUGCAAGCGGUGCGGUUCGCGAUUUUUUGGUCGGAGUGAUUGGAAAUCGACGAUACGAGAAUUGCAUGUUCGAAAUUCUCACUGUUAUCGUGUUCGAUAUCAAAGAAUUUUUGAGCAUGACACACUUGAAUCGAAUCUUCGGAAAGCCGAUGCCAGUGGAUCUGAACUUCAGAUUUAAUCUGCUGAUGAAUCAAAAAACCCACAACUUCCUUCUGACCACCACAACCCAAUUGGAAUUCCCAUGCAAUAAGGAAGGUCUCUACGUGGCUUCUCCCUACUUCCGCAAAAACCUGACGAGCACUAUGACAAGUUUCCCACUGGACGUGCAAUACUUGGAAGCGAUUGAAGUGGUUAUCAGCUGGAUGUUCACGGAAAGCUACCAUCCACCAACAAAGCUCACUCCAAAAUUGGCUGAAGAAAUUGUGAAGUUGUCGGAGAGGAUUGUGCCACCUGGACCCAAUAGGAAGCAGCUCGCCGGGUCGAUUGAGAGGCACUGCUUUGAGGAACUGAUUCUGAAUUGUGAGGAUAUGGCGUAUGUGAAGGAGCUGAUGCUUAUGGCUCACACCAACCGGCUUGAUAGCCUUCACGAAGCCUGUAACGCCACAAUCAUAUCGUUUCACUUCGCGGAUUUUUGCCGGGAUAUGAAACAGAAUCCAGACCCUGCCUUCACUCAGCAUCAAAUGCACCGUUCCAGUGUUAUGAGUCGUCUCUAUGACAAUUAUGGGAAGAGUCUCUGCGUGCAUAGCUUCAUGAGAAAAAUUCCGCCGGUGGUCAUGGCUCAACAAGGAUGAAAUUUGAACUUUUACUGUGAAACGUGAAUAAACAUUUUGUAUUUGAAU